AUGGGCGCAAUGGGUCUUGCUGGCAGGUUGCUGGGAUCCCUGAUGAAACUGAUCCCCGGCUUUGGAUCGGUGAUCGGUGGCGUUUGCAAUGCCGGCCUCGCUUCGUCCUUGACCGGUGCCAUGGGUUUCCUAUUCAAGGAGAUGUUCAAACGGAUUCGCUCCAAGGCCCUCUUUGGUGAGAUGACCUUUGAUGACCUUUGUCAGGUGAUGAAUGUGCAGGAGCAGAAGGAAUUCUUCAUGGCAAACUUCUUGGGGCUUCAGAGGGAGCCUCUCCAACAAGUACAUCUACAGAGGAGCCUCGUGGAACAGGUGGCAGCAGAAGGAGCUGAGACUGAGAAUUAG